AUGUGCAGUGCACAUGGUUCCAAUUUGCAUCUACACACCAGAAAUCUCCGUUAUUUAGCACCAGGAGCAGUAUUUUACCAUGGCGGUGGUUGGGCCCUUGGCAAAAUUCAGGCUGACGACAUCUUCUGUCGCCUGAUUUCAAGAGGUCUGAGCCAUGUCGUCGUUAGUGUUGAGUAUCACCUUACUCCAGAGCACGUCUUCCCAGCCGCCAUUGACGACGAUUAUGACGCUUUCAUCUGGAUAGUCAAACAUGCAAGUCAAGUGAACAUUGACGAGAAGAAGAUAUACGUCACAGGCAGCUCGGCUGGCAGUCAUAUCUCUGCCGCAGUUGCUUUGAGAGCAAGCGAAUCCGCGUAUGGAUUACGCUUUGCUGCACAGAUUCUGCCUAUUCCAUUCGUCUGCGAUCCACUUCAAUUCAAAGGCGAGCUGCCCGAGCGGUCUAAGGUACCAAUAUUCAACGACGCUGCCUUGGCAACAAUGCUUGGGGUUUUUGCUCCCGAUCCAGCCACAAGAAGCUCAUGUUGUCUGUCACCGCUUCUAACGAAAUCUGAUUUCUUGAAGAAGUUACCACAAAUGUAUAUUGAUGUAUGUACCGCAGACCCGCUAUGCGUACCAGCAAAUGCCUACGGAGGAGUUCUUGAAGAUCAUGGAGUUCCUGUCAAGAUAUUUGCACUUGAAUGA